AUGGCUCAAAGAAAGGGUGGUAAGUGUCUCGGUAAAGGAGGCACUAAACGUCACCGUAAAGUGCUCCGCGAUAACAUCCAGGGCAUCACCAAGCCGGCUAUUCGCCGCUUGGCUCGCCGUGGCGGCGUCAAGCGUAUUUCAGGUCUGAUCUACGAGGAGACCCACGGUGUGCUCAAGGUGUUCUUGGAGAACGUGAUCAGGGACGCCGUCACCUACACCGAGCAUGCCAAGAGAAAGACCGUCACCGCCAUGGAUGUGGUGUACGCCCUGAAGCGUCAGGGACGCACUCUGUACGGCUUCGGAGGUUAAACGCUCGACUCGAACAACGCUA